CUCCUCCUCCUCCUUUCUGUCCGACUUUGUUACUUUCUAAGCCCGCUAGUCCGUGUCUAGUGUCUUCGGUGAGUUGAGGAACAACUCGUAGUGGUACCGACCAUGGACGGCGACAACAUAAUAAUGCCUGUUUGACUCGGGGAGAGUUUCCAAGAUGCCAGGCCUUUUGUUCAGCCCUGUGUGUCUGACAGUCAUCUGGUUUUUAUCGUGGUCACUGUGUCCCACUUGUGCUCAGAUUUGGACCGAUGAAGUGUCAGGUGUGCACUAUGGGCGCUUGGAGUCAAAUGUGACACUGGCAUGCGGAAAGUCGCAAAUCAGGUUACCUGUGGUGUGGCAUCUCAACCACAGCCCAAUGUUACCAUGGCAUCAAGUGACAUCAGAUGGAAGGUUAGUCCUGCUGCAUGCCAACCAUUCAGCGCAGGGCAUCUACAGCUGCUAUGACAACAGUGGGGUCCUCCUCCAUUCUAUGAAACUCAGGCUGGGCCAUCCCCCUGGGCUGCUGAGCAUUUCCUGUCAAGUGCCCAAUCACACGCAUGUUCGCUGCUCCUGGGUAGAAUCGGUGAAGACCUUCCUGCCAGCAAAGUAUAAUGCCUCCUUGAGGAAUGGUCAGGAGUGGAGCCCGUGCAUUGUGGACGUCACCCAGAAGCACUGCGAUGUAGAUCACCCUGCUUUCUGGCAGCCCAUCCAUACCCUUAGAAUCACAGAGACAAAUGCUCUCGGGUCUACGACAACAAUUGCCCGUUUUAAAUUACAUGACCUCUUAAAACCAGACCCUCCGGAGUCAGUAUUGGUGAAGAAGAUUGAAGGGUAUCCAAAGAAGCUACUAGUCUCAUGGAAAUUUCCCUCUUCCUGGCCGCUGCAUGACGCUUUCCCUCUGGUGUUUCAGAUCAGAUACAGGCCAAAGGACUCUAUGUACUGGUCAGAGAUUUACUCUUUGGAGAGUUCAGUUGUGAUACUGGACGCCCUGGCAGGCCACCUCCACCAGGUUCAGGUGCGAGCCCGUGACGAGGUGGACACAGAGAGCCAGUGGAGUGAAUGGACUCCCUUGCUUCUGUGCAGGCCCUGGGAAGACUACACCACCCCUGAACCUAAUGAGGAACUGGACAUCUAUCUUCCCUUUACCCCCACUAACAAUUCAAAGCCUGAAGCCUCCACUCCAAAGUCACACGAUCCUAAACAUGGGGACGAAGGUAAUUUAGGUCUGGUGAUUCUCCUGGUUUUGUUCUCCGUGGUCAUCCUCACCACCAUCUUUUCCCUCAUCUUUGUUGUGUGGAUGAGACAGAGGCGACGUGAUCAUGCCACCAAACAAGAGCUCACCUCUAUGGUCAAGAUGAAGUCCAUGCCGAUCUAAUGUUCAUUUGAAACACCUUCAACCCAUCAGCUCCUUCUGGGGCUUCACCGGUGAGUCAGCCUGCACUAUUACACGCUGUUAACAUGCUGACCGUCCAUAUUCAGCUACAUUAACUACAGAGCAUCACUCAGAGUCCAUCCAGAAUCCAGGACAACAGGAGCAAACCCAUGUAAAGAACUUGGCAAAGUAAGGUUGUUACCAGUUUAUAACAGCUGAUUGAUGGGUCAUUUUAGAAAGACUUCCUUGGACAUAUUCAGUGGUUACAAGUGCACUACCCAUAAUGCAUUACGAGACUCCUACCUGCCGUCCAUGGGUAGAGGGACACUCCUGCUCACUUCAGCAAUGUACACUACUCAGCAGACUGUAGGAGCGACACUGCACCAGGACAUUAGAGUGCUCUGUCAAGUCUCCUCAGACUUUUUGACUUUUAAACAACAAGUAAGGAAAAACAAGUGCAGCUGCCAUACAGGAGCAAUGGGGGAACAUUGUUUCUGGAACAACUUCACACCCAGAACUCCUCACAUUCUUAUUCAUUGCGAGAAGUAACACAUUACCGCGUGUUCAUUCUCACAUCGACUGAUCGACCGACUCAAUGCUGUGAAGGAAGCAAAACUUCUGUUCAUUUCUGUGUGUGUCUGAUGCCAAAGAAGCAAUGACGGGCAUUAUGGGCUCAGCUGGGAGGCAGGGAGCAACCUGUCACCUGCUCCUGGCAUGAGGGAGAAUAUGGACAUAGAGAACAAGGUCCGGGGUGGGCAGUUUGAGUUUAAUAGACUUUAUUUCAUGUACGACAAGUGAUUUUAUGUUGCAUGAUAUUCCUGUUAUGUUGUCUGGCAUUAGGUAAAGGUUUUGUUUCUUUUGUUGUAGCUCUUUGUGUCCACCCAUCCACUGUGUGAAUGAAAGACUCACAAAGGAGAAAGAGGGAGAGAUACUGGCCUUUCAAAGAUCACCAGCAUUAUGACGUUACAUAGAUUCUUAGUCAUCUAGAGAAUAUUAGAGCAUAGAUAUUCAGAGUCUGAAUAACUCCAAAGUCACUGUCAUUUAAAAUAAAAUGGGGGUGUAAUAUGUUGUGUUCAUAUUCAUUAUUAAAUCAAACAAUAAAUUGAUAAAGAACACAAAGGAGCAAAUCUGAAAAGCUGGAACUUAAACUGUUAAUUGGAAUAUAUUAAAACAGUUUUCAAUCCACUCAUAAACUGACUGGUACAGUCAUACUUUUAGAAACAAAAUCUGACUUAAUAAGGCUAUUAUUUUUACAAAAAAAAAAAAAAAGUUAUCUUAAAUUAUUUCUUAUUUUAUUUUUAAAAUAAGUUACAAAAUUAGAGUAAUGUUACUAAUGAAAUGAGGCUAUAGAUUUAGAUAGAUACCUCCGAGGGGACAAAAGCUAGCUACAAAGUGUUUUGUUUUAUUUUCAAACAAAACAUGGAAAGUGCUGCAUUCAGUGUCAGUAGGAGAAAUAUGUGUACUCCGCAUCUGUCCGUGCAUGAGAGAGGUGGCUUGUGGGUGGUUACUACAGUUUUGUACACCACAGUAACUAACAAAGAAAGCGGUGUGCAGCAGUAGGCUUUUCACUAUGGUUAGUAAAAUGAAUGUAAAUGAUGGUUUUAGGAUGCUGACUUUUUUUUUUUUUUUUUGGAGAGGGAAACAGUAAAGUCUGGGGGGGAGGACAUAAACAGUGGGGCAUUGGCACAGAUCAAACAGUUGCCAUCGACUGUAGCAAUUGUAGAAAUUUAAGAAAGUAUUCCCCCGGCUGCUCGGUUAACCUUUGACUUUAUGCAGCUAGAUCAGUGCAUGUUGGGCGGUGGUGGAGAUGAGCGUGUAUGCAAUAAACUGACAAGAGUAACCCUCGCUCACUGUACAUCUGUCUCCUCAUGGAAAACAUUUGAUUUCUGGGUGGCCAGCACUUAAAAAUACCUCUGUACAGCUUGUCUGCUUUAGCCCUGCUUUUCACACCUGUGCCUGUAAACCUCGUGUCCUGGCUGGCGUUCUGCCAUGGAAGCGAGAGGCUCUUCUGCUUGAGAAGCACACAUUAAGUGUUUUUUUUCUUUUCUGCUGGUUUGGUGGUUAUAUGUUGCUCAUCCAAGGCUGUGUAGUUUCUUUUGCUGACUGUCAUUUCAGAAACGCAAGGUGCACCUAAGUCAAACUUUUUCUUUUCUUUUUUCCCCAGUUUGACAACUGUAUUGUCUCUCAAGCUAGCUCCACAUAUUAUGCAUGGAUCCAGUUGAAGCUUUUAUGUAUAUUAUUGUAUAUCAAACUUAAAAAAAAUACAUAUGUAUGUUACAUGUGAUGUUUAUAUAAAGGAAAAAAAAAAGUCAUCUUCGGGGUAGAUUCACAGACAUGGUUUAGCUCAGUCUUGUGUUAAAAAUGUUCAUUUUUAAUGAAUCUAUGAUUCCUUACAAAUAUCAGCAGACAGAUUAUAUAAGUAAACAUAUUAAAUGCUCCCUUUCAAGCACUGUAGGUCAAUGCUAAAACUGAUUUGACAAAUUGGGUGCAAAUACAGUGUUAGGGAAGGGAGCUUUCCAUAGUAUUAAUGACCUGGGGUAAGCCAUUUCUGGAGAGUCUUCCCAGCAUUGUGUAUGUGUGUCUUUUUCCCCAGUUAUAUGAAGCUGUGUUACUGUACGAUUACUGUAUGGACAACGUGUUUACUGAAUUAGUCCUUAAUCAUUGUUUAAUAGCCUUUUUUUUUAAGUCAGAACCACAAAUGGAAACUUUCUUUUCUCCAAUUCUUCCUCCGUUCUGGUGGCAACAUUCAGAAAUAAUUGAAAGUGGUCAUAUUUUUAAAAUUAUUCACCAAGUCAAUUUGAAAACUGACUUUUUACUUCCUAUUUAAAUGUGUCAUUUUUUUCUUUUUUGUGUGCUCGUCUUGGCCUUCAAGGUCGAGUUGAAGAGACUUUAAUCAAGAGGUGUGACUCUUAUACAAAAUAUUCAGUUUCAUACGAGGAUGUUUUUUUUUUUUUUUUAAAAAGAUACUAAAUAUGACACGAAAUGAGCCACUUUGCCAUAUUUGCUACAUUUAUAAGUAAUAAAGUUAAUAUUUUUCCAAUCUAAGCAGUGAUAUAAAAGUGAAAUAACUUUUAAAGAUAUUUUUGUGAUAAAUAUUCAAAGUAAACUUUGAUCAGGAAAUUGCAUAAAUCAUCCAUCGGAUUGAAUUUUAUGGGCACAGUGCCAUAUCAGUGAGCGUUAUUCACCCUGUUGGUUUUGUUUUUAAGGUUUCAAUGUGACAUGUUUUCCUUCCAUAAAGUGUAUGCCUAUGGAGUUCUUUCUGUGUCUUUCCUGUUUUGUUUUUUGUGUGGACAAACUUCACUCACGGUCUACGUUCCUCUGCAGUAUGCGAUAGUAAGAGGAGCCUGUUGGUUGUAGUUCUUGUAACUCAAAUGAAACUCAGGCAUCCAUUCUCAGAUGUACAUAGUCAUUUUUUUUUCUUUGUGUACAACAGAUAUCACCAUAAGCUGUUUUUUUUUUUUUCUUCCUGUCCUGGUGUCUGUGAAAUAAAAACUAUUUUAUCACA